AGGGGCACGUUCUCUUCGUGGAGCGCGGUCCGUGCUUCCUGCUUUUCGGGGCUUCUUUCCCACCCAGAGUUUCAGGCCCGAUGGCUCAGAGGCCUUUGCGUAUCUUGGCUUGUGGCGACGUCGAUGGCAAGUUUGAUGUUUUAUUCAAUAGAGUUCGAGUAAUUCAGAAGAAGAGCGGAGACUUUGAUCUGCUGUUGUGUGUAGGAAAUUUCUUUGGCACUUCCCCAGACGCUGAGUGGGAGGAGUAUAAGACUGGCAUCAAGAAAGCUCCCAUUCAGACAUAUGUGCUCGGUGCCAAUAACCAGGAAACAGUACAAUAUUUCCAAGAUGCUAAUGGUUGUGAAUUGGCUGAAAACAUUACUUACCUGGGUCGUAAAGGUGUCUUUGUUGGAAGCUCGGGGCUGCAGAUUGCGUACCUCAGUGGGACAGAGUCACUCACUGAGCCGGUCCCCGGUUACAGUUUCAGCCCCAAGGAUGUGUCUUCCCUGAGAACAGUGCUGUGUUCUACAUCCCAUUUUAAGGGUGUUGAUAUCUUGCUCACGUCCCCAUGGCCCAAGUAUGUGGGAAACUUUGGGAAUCCUUCUGGAGAAGUGGAUACCAAAAAAUGUGGUUCUGCUUUGAUCUCCAGCCUUGCCACAGACUUGAAACCAAGAUACCAUUUUGCUGCUUUGGAAAAGACAUACUAUGAGAGGCUUCCCUAUCGAAAUCAUGUUGUUCUACAAGAAAGUGCACAGCAUGCCACCCGAUUCAUAGCUCUGGCAAAUGUUGGAAAUCCAGAAAAGAAAAAGUAUCUUUAUGCAUUCAGUAUUGUUCCCAUGAAACUAAUGGAUGCCACAGAACUGGUAAAGCAACCUCCGGAUGUCACUGAAAACCCUUACAGACAAUCAGGAAAGGAGGUGUCCGUAGGAAAGCAAAUCCCUGCCCCUGAGGAAGAACCAGCCUGUCAGUUUUUCUUUGAUUUGAAUGAGAAGCAGGGAAGGAAGCGCUCAUCCACAGGCAGAGACAGCAAAUCUCCUCAUGCGAAGCAACCUCGCAAGCCUCCUCAGCCUCCAGGGCCCUGCUGGUUUUGCCUUGCAAGCCCUGAAGUGGAAAAGCAUUUGGUGGUCAACAUUGGCACACAUUGUUACCUAGCCCUGGCCAAAGGAGGCUUAGCUGAUGACCAUGUCCUAAUCCUGCCCAUUGGACAUUACCAGUCAGUGGUGGAGCUUUCAGCCGAAGUGGUGGAAGAAGUGGAGAAGUAUAAGGCUACACUGAGACGGUUCUUUAAGAGUCGAGGAAAACGGUGUGUUCUCUUUGAGAGAAAUUAUAAGAGCCAUCAUCUCCAAUUACAGGUCAUUCCGGUGCCACUCAGCUGCUGUGCCACUGAUGACAUUAAAGAUGCCUUCAUGACCCAGGCCCAGGAGCAGCAGAUAGAACUGCUGGAAAUCCCUGAGCACUCUGACAUCAAGCAGAUUGCACAGCCAGGAGCAGCAUAUUUUUAUGUUGAACUUGACACAGGAGAGAAGCUUUUCCACAGAAUUAAGAAGAAUUUUCCUUUGCAAUUUGGAAGGGAGGUACUGGCUAGUGAAGCCAUCCUUAAUAUUCCAGAGAAGUCUGACUGGAGGCAGUGUCAGAUCAGCAAGGAAGAGGAGGAGACACUGGCCCGCCGCUUCCGGAAAGACUUUGAGCCCUUUGACUUUACACUGGAUGACUAAGCAAAGGCAAGAACACUUCAUGAACUUCACAGGAAGUAACUGCAGCUUGUUUUUAAAGAAACUCAGUCUCCCAUGGGGACUGUUUCCCUGCCUCUUUUUUGUGCAUUCCCAUGGAAGCUGCCUGAAGCAAGAGGCUUAGGACUGCAUAUUUUUGAGGAGAAGUCAUUUUAGGAUUAAAUACUAUGCUGAAAACAUGUCUGUCAUCCAGCUCUUAAGAACAGUUUGUGUUUGCAUUUUUAAAGAAAAAAAAAAAAGUCUGAGCUAUCAAAUAAAAUCUGUUUUUCCAAGAU